UGGCGCUAUUCUUCAACCAUUAGCUCCGUGCAAUCCUUAUUACAAUAUAAUCUCACCGCAGCCACAUUCUCCCUAUUUCUAUCAACUCCGAAAGACAUUUGAAGACCACUAUACACACGACACCGAAACAGUAUACAACACCACACGACAAAGUACCAUACAUCAAAUCAGCAAUCAUGUUCCAGAAUACGCUCUCCCUUCUCCUUCAAUUCUUCUUCUUCGCUUUGGCAUUUGCUCAACCUAUUGAGACUGCUGGACAUGGCAAUGCGUGGAAAUAUGGUUCCGGUGGUGGAGUUAUUGGAUUUAUCGUAUUAAUUCUCGAUAUCAUCGUUUUCAUCGAGGUACUAAAAUCCAACCGUCCUCCUUCCCACAAACUCCUCUGGUGCUUGGUUGUCUUCCUCUUCCCUAUUCUCGGUUUGGUCGUCUAUUGGUUGUUCUCGAACAGAGAAGCACACAACUCUGGCAGUGGCUCGUACGAAGCUAUUCCAUAAAUAAAUGAUGCUGUGCAAUAUUGUGGCGAUACUAUCGGUGAUGGUCCGACAAUCACAGAUAAGACGAGAAUGAUGGAGUUAUGGUGAUGAUGAUCAUAGUAUGGUAUGGCAUGGAUGGGUUUCGUUAAGGGAUUGUUUUCUGCGGCAUAUACGACUAAGCGGAUUUGGGUUUUAGGGAUUGAGAUUUGAGGAAUUUGUGAAAGAAGUAUGGAAUCUUGCUAGCCUACUAUAAUGAAUGAACUUCAGAACAAUCGUAGUUCUAGUUUGGAUUACACGGAGUGGGCUCUCUAUAAACAGUUGUGACU